GACAAUCUCCCGUUAGGAUUGAGUGUGAAUUGUGAGCAGGAAGGAAGUGAGGACUGCAGAUGCUGGAGAUCAGAACUGAAAGUGUGUUGCUGGAAAAGCGCAGCAGGUCAGGCAGCAUCCAAGAAGCAGGAGAAUCAACGUUUUGGGCAUGAGCCCUUCUUCAGGAAUGAGGAGAGUGUGCCAAACAGGCUAAGAUAAAAGAUUUGCAAAAGUGCAACAGAUGUGAUACUUGCAUCCAAUUUGGCUUGCUGUUCUCAUCCAUGUGACCAACACUGGCGCUUGUACAGCAUGACAUUCUUCUGGGAACUGUUCCAGGACUAUCUAUCUACAGCAGUCAAAAGUUUAGUAACCAGUGAAGUCUGAAUACUCUAAAUUACCCUGAUGCUGAAAUCACUAACUGACCAUUUUUAAAAUUUGUAAUGCCAAUGAACCUUUGCAAUAGUAUUUUAUAUUUUAACCAAAAACUUGAAGUGAAAAGAGUUUCAGUGCAGAGUUUCCAUUGAGCAUGCAUUUGCUUGUCUAUGUGCUUGUGGGAAUUAUUUUGAAGAGUCAUGGGUACCAUUCAGAAGUGACAUACUACAAAGACUGGAUGGGGAAGCUGAAAACAAUUCGUAACGGAAUUCAUAAAAUUGAUAUGUAUCUAAAUGCAGCACUGGAUUUACUUGGUGGAGAGGAUGGGAUCUGCAAGUACAAAUGCAGCGAUGGAUCUAAGCCAACUCCUCGCUCCAAUUAUAAGCUUCCUCCACCCAAUGGAUGUGGCUCUCCGAUGUUUGGAGUUCAUCUAGAUGUGGGAAUCCCUUCUAUGACGAAGUGUUGCAAUCAGCAUGAUCGUUGUUAUGAUACUUGUGGAAAUGCUAAACAGGACUGUGAUGAAGUGUUUCAGUAUUGUCUGUCCACAAUCUGCAGAAAUGUACAGAAAACAUUAGGAAUGGAUUCAACUGUACAAGCCUGUGACAAUGCUGUAGAGUUGCUUUUCAAUGCAGUUAUGCAUUUGGGAUGCAAACCCUAUCUGGAUAGUCAACGUGCCACAUGCAAGUGUGCAUAUGAGGAAAAAGUCGACCUUUGAUGUAAAGAUUGAUAUUUUUUUCUCAAUAAGAUAUGCCUUUCCCUUGGAGCUGAAAAAUUCAACUUUUCUCGGGACACUUAAUUACAGAUUAAUGAAAAAAAUGUUUAAAAUUGUCUAACAAAUUCUGUUGUUUGGAAGAUUUUCAUCCAAUGUUCAAUGUUCUUUCUAUUUUAUGUAUCUAAGUUAAUGUUACUCAAGAUGUGAAUUAUUAUAUGUUGUCUGGUAUGGUGUUUUAAGAUGCAGCAUACUAGGGCAUGGUUUUAAAGGCAAUAUGCUCAUGCACUGAAUUCCAUCUCUUUUUAUGUGGACCUUGUUAAAAAGAAACACUUUUUGCUCUCUUGGUCUUAUCCCACGCUAAACAAAGAAGACAAAUGAAUUAACUGACCAUGUUCAUGCACUACUUCGUGGCAGAUUUCUCCAUGACACCUCAUUGGAAAUUAUACUGGGCUGUGAUACUCAAAGCUUUAAGUUGCAAAAAUUCAAUAGUUGUGGAUGGUUUUCAAAAAUUUCAGAUGGAUCUUAAAUCAAGAUUAACUGAACGUCUUCUAUAAUUCAAGUAGAGAAAAACACAGUUAAGAUUUUAAGUUGAAUGUCAUUCCAAGAAGAACCUUAUUCAGCAUUAACUUUGAUUUUCUCUCCACAGGAACUGCCAGAUCUGAGUAUUUUCAGCGUUUUCUGUUGGUUGGAAUCCCAUGCAUUUGAAAAUUAAUGUUCUGACUAGCUGUGACAUGCAAUGUGAAAUAAUGAAUUGUGAAAUGGUUAGCAACCCAGAUAAUUGAGUGAAUGAUUGUGAGCAUAUUGCUGGAAAUCGGAAGUGAGAAAAAUUAGAUCUUAAGUUCGUUUAGUGUUUCCUUUCAUAUGUUUGAAUAUUUGGUCCAAGGUGAGACUAUCUUGCUAAUAGUUUUCAUUUUUUUCUGUCCCUUGAUAGCAACUUGUGAUUUUUGCUUCCCUUUUGAUAAUUUGGGAUGUUCAAAUUUUGUUUUCGGUAAUAAAGAAUUUGUAUUAAAGAGUUUAAAUUUACUUGACAUCUUUUACAAUCUUCAAACAUCUCCGAAUACUUCACAACUAUUGAGUCACUUUGAAAGUAUGCAAAUGUAGGGAAAUAUGUGAGCCACUUUGCAAACAAUGUAUUGCCACAAACCGCAGUGGGAUAUAGCACCAAUUAGUCAGUUUUAAUGAAUAAGAAUGAAUUUUGACCUGGAUGCAGGGAGAUUUCCUUCAUUGCUUGAAAAGAGACAUGAAAUAUAAAUAACAUUUGAAGAGGUGAGGCAUAAAUUUUCAAUGGAAAAUUCAUGAAACAGUUGGUAAAUUUGA